ACCACUCACUUGCGUGAGCUACUCACAUUAUUAUUGCUCUGCUGCUCGCUGGUCACUUUCAUCUUCUUCCCUUUUCCAUUGAUUCAUUCAACACACACAAACUAAAAGAAGCUCUCAUCCUUCUCUCUGGAUCUGACCCAUCAUCAAAGUCCCUCUCUUUCAUCCCUCUAAGAUUCUAAAACAUGGGAUCUCAACAUAUCUAUGUGUACCAUUGUGAACAAAGAAUCAGCUAGACAACUUCUCUCUUGUUUCCUUUCAAAGUUUAUUAUUUUCUUUUCAAAAGUGAUGGUGUGUCAGUCACCUGGGAAGACAAGAUUUAGAGCAUUAAAAUACGAGACAGGAGACGCUAACAGACCAACCAUUGUAGUUAGAGUUAUUGCAUGCUUUCAACCCAUGGAUAAUUGCCAGGCUGAAUACUUCAGACUUCUACUCAAACCAGUCACGUAGUUAUUUUGUGUGAUUCUUCCACUGUGUUUUCUUCCUUCCUUCCUUCGUCUUUCUUUGAAGUUACCUUUGAGUUAAAAGCUGCAAGAGCAUGAUGCCUCUUGAUACCAGGCAAUGGAAUUUGACUCCUCAAGCUUGCUUUGAGGAUAUUGCAGCUCGGUUCCAUCCUGGAGUUCCUCUCCCUGAUGCAUCUGAGCUUCAUGAUGCUCGCUGCUUGCAGCAGCCACCACCACCUUUCAAGUCUUUACUGUGGAGUCAUGAUAAGGAGGAGUCUUGUGGUAAACGUUUCUCUCUGUCUGACAUGAGGUCUUGGUGCGCUGCUGCUGCUGCUACUACUCCGCGUGGAGGAGCAUUAGACUCUGCUCAGAAAGGACUCAUGAUAUUAGAUCAGUCAGGAAACCAAACUCGUCUAUUACAAUGUCCAUUUCCCCUAACUGCAGAACCAGUUAAACUCUCUGAGUUACAACACCGUGUGGAAGAGUCUGAAAUGCAUGAAGACACUGAGGAGAUCAAUGCGUUGCUCUUUUCAGAUGAAGAUUACGAGAGUGAUGAUGAUGAUGAAGUAAUGAGCACCGGUCACUCUCCUUACUCAGUUGAACAAGUUUGCAACAAGAGGCAACUCGAAGAGAUAGAUGGUCCUUGUAAAAGGCAGAGGCUACUGGAUAAGGUUGAAAACAUCAGUGGCUCAUCAUCAUCAUCACUUGUGGUGGGCAGUUCGACCAAAGAAGACACUGGUUCUGGUCUGAGCAACGAGCAGUCGAGAAAGGACAAGAUCCUCACAGCUCUGAAAAUACUAGAGAGCAUAGUUCCAGGUGCAAAAGGGAACCAAGCUCUCUUGCUUCUAGACGAAGCCAUUGAUUACCUAAAGCUACUGAAACAAGAGUUGAUCUCCACCAGUCACUAGUCACCAUCUAACAGACAGAUAAGGCUUGAAGAUUCCCUCACGUGUGAAGUGGUUUAGGGUCCCUAUCCUCUGCACCAGCUUUUUUAGCUGUAUAAGGUGGUCUACUUUUGAGUAUACACAUGCUUCUGCAAUUUCAAAAAGUUUAAAAGAGGUCACUAUCUUCUUCUUCUUUUCUCUCUGUGCUUUGUGUGGAGGAAAGCCAAAGUCCUGAUGGUCAUUCAUUGAUGGACAAUGAUGGUCUUUUGUGGCUUAGUGUGGAUGGUGAAAUCAAAAAGGCAAUAUAUUCAAAGUCUUGUUCUCAUGUACUCGCGUGGUCUAUGAAUCUCCCCUACGGUAUAUCUCUGACCUACACUCUCGUUUGUCCAUAUAAUGACUAAGUGGGUCCAUUGAUGUCAUGUUCAUUCCUUUGUCUUUUGCUUUCCCUACUUGCUACUACUUUGUUUGAUGUUGUAUCUUUGAGUGUAUGUUCAUUGUCAUGUUCUCUUAUAUAUUGUCAAGAUGAUUGGAUUU